GCCGGAAUGAUUUCUGAGCUUUCAUGUGGGAAACAUAAAUGAAAUUUUGUGCUUUAUGUUUGUGAACUUUGUGAGUGUCUGACAGUGCAACAGUACGAGUGAGAGUGAUUGGAUCACGUUCCUCUGGGGUCCGCAUUGCUGUUUCACAAUCCUCAGGCAUAGUGUGUGACUAAUUGUCGUUGAUUUUGUGGCAUUCCGUGAAGCUCCCCAGCUGAGAAAAGGGAAUUAAAUUCACACAAGGAAUCAUGUCCGUGAAUACAGCUCACGCCAACAACGGCGUACUCAUUCACGCUGGAGAAUGCAUUCUCCUGUUCAGCGAUAAUGUCUCAAUGGAAUUCUCUGGGCAGAGUGGUCCCUUGUUCAAGGGUACUAAGGUGGGACGAUGCUACCUCACAACACAUAGGAUGAUCUUCAAUAACAACAAAUCUUCUGAUCCCAUGCAAUCCUUCAGUUUCCCCUUCGUCUCCAUUAAUGAUGUUGAGGUGGAGCAACCAGUUUUUGGGGCAAAUUACAUCAAGGGCAAGGUGCGUGCCCAGGAGAAUGGCAAUUUUGUGGGUGAAGCAAAGUUCAAGUUGCUCUUCAAGGCGGGUGGUGCCAUUGAUUUUGCUCAGGCUAUGCUGAGAGCCGUCCAGAUGGCACGGCGUCACUACCACCAUGAUGCUCCACCACCGUAUGAGGCCCCAACAGGUGAUUGGUACGCUGCACCACCACCGGCGUAUACACCCAAUCCUACAGGCUACUACGGAUGGGUGCCACAGUCGGCGGCUUUUCCGAAUCAGCCGCCACAGGAUUCUGUCUUCAUGACACCGAAUCCGCCUCCGUAUCCGGGUAUUGCUCCACCCACAAAUGGAGGCGCUGGCGGUUUCGGUUAUCCGCCACAGCAGCAACACAAUGGAUACCCAGGAGCUCCCAUGGGGACACCUGGAGGUUAUCCAGGCGGUACACCUGGUUAUCCUGGGGCACCACCAAAUGCAGGUUACCCUGGCCAGGCGCCACAAGGAAACUACCCAGGUGGUGGUGGUGGAUACCAGCCACAAGGAAUGGGAUGGCAAACGGGACCAGGAUAUCAACAACCCUCAGCACCCGGUGGAGGUUAUCCUGCAGCUCCUGGUGGAGGCUACCCAUCAGCACCUGGUGGAGGCUACCCAUCAGCACCUGGUGGUGGAUACCCAUCAGCUCCAGGAGCAAUGGGCUUUUCAACUCCACAGCAGCAGCCGCCACAGAAUUCAAAGGAAGCCGAAGCCGCCCAAAGCGCCUACUAUGAUCCCAAUCAACCACAGACCGCUUACGUACCGCCUCCGCCAGCCUACUAUGAGCAGCCUCCUAGCUACAAUUCCAUCGCAAAGAAGCAUCAGUAGAUUCAAAUCAACUGGCUUUUGGCGCCUUUGCAACGAUAAUAAAAAAAAAUUCCACACUGAAGGCUGAGAAAUUGCCUGUUGAGUAAAAUUUUUGUCAUAAACACCUCAUAUUAUUAUUUUUUUUCUAUUUUUAAUAUAUAAAUCAAAUAUCUCUAAAAUAAAUUACAUUGUCUCAUGCGGUUACCGAAGUGAGAUAAAAGUUCCUCUAUAUGGGAAAAAAUUGACACCUUACUAAUGUGGAAUUAGCACCAUAUGAGAAGAUCUUUACAAAAUCUUUGUAUAUAUUAUGUAUAGUUGCAAGAAAAUGUUAUAAAAGUAUUAUAAAUAAAAAUAUGCUGUAAAUGUUUUAUUAUUGAAAAUAAAUGUUCAGCAGAAGCAAAUAAUA